GAUGACACGAGGCGACACGCAAAACAGAAUUAUUCAUUUAGUGUGAAUAUUUCCUCUUAAACAGUUUACACAGCUUGUUCUAGCUGCUUCUUGUUGGCCAUAAAUCAGACUUAUUUAUGUUGGCGUGACGUUUGACGUAUUGUUUUGUGGUUUCUCAUUAGAUCCGCUUUGAAUCUCGGGCAUUGUAGGAAGGGACUCUUUCCUACUCACCCUCUUCAAGACACCGAGUCAUUAAACGUCUGCCCAAUAAGUCACGGGGGGUUCUGGCAUCCUCUGAGGCUCGUCGGGCCGGCUAGUCGUCCGUCAGCGCCGAAAUAUCGACAGACUGAGGUUGUGGACUCACAUGGGCAAGAUGGAUGGGCGAUAAAUAAGACGUCAGCUUCAGAGGUACACGUUGAUUUCGUAAUGACAAGCUGCUGUGCAGAAGAUGUCCACGCUGUCUGUGACUGAUAUCCCAGAUGUUGGUCAUGAUGAGAGUAAGGUGUUUGGAGGGGCCUCUGAGCUGCAGCUGGACUGCAUGGUUGAGGAGAGCGGUGGAAGCGCCGCAAUGAAGCACGACGGCCUGCUGUCCCUGACCGACCUCUCCCAGCCGGAUGACUUCCCCCACAACGGACCUCCGCUGCCCAACAUGAACAGCCCUCUGCCGGUGGAGCCCGGCGACAUCAAGCUGGAUCCAGCUGCAGGAGACACAUCUGGCAGCACAGACGGUCAGCCGGUGAAGAGGAAGAAAGGUCCGGCUCCUAAGAUGCUCGGCAACGAGGUGUGCAGCGUCUGCGGCGACAAGGCGUCGGGUUUCCACUACAACGUUCUGAGCUGCGAGGGCUGCAAGGGCUUCUUCCGGCGCAGCGUCAUCAAGAGCGCCCAGUACUCCUGCAAGAACAACGGCCGCUGCGAGAUGGACAUGUACAUGCGCCGCAAGUGCCAGCAGUGCCGCCUGCGCAAGUGUCGGGAGGCCGGCAUGCUGGAGCAGUGCGUCCUUUCUGAGGAGCAGAUCCGGCUGAAGAAGCUGAAGAAGCAGCAGGAGGAGGAAACGGCUCGAACGUCCGCCGUGAUGACGCCAACACCACCUCCAGAAAUGGCCACUCUGGAUCCGCAGCAGCAGGAGAUGAUCGAGAAGCUGGUGGCCAUGCAGAAGCAAUGCAACAAGAGGUCCUUCCUGGACCGACCCAAAGUCACGCCGUGGCCUCAGAGUCAGGACCUGCAGAACCGAGAAGUUCGCCAGCAGCGGUUCGCCCACUUCACCGAGCUGGCCAUCAUGUCGGUCCAGGAGAUCGUGGAUUUUGCGAAGCAGCUUCCGGGUUUCCUCGAACUCACCAGAGAAGAUCAGAUCGCUCUGCUGAAGACGUCCACUAUCGAGAUUAUGCUGCUGGAGACGUCUCGGAGAUACAACCCCACCAUCGACAGCAUCACAUUUCUGAAGGACUUCAGCUACAACAAGGAGGAUUUCGCCAAAGCAGGGCUCCAGUUUGAGUUCAUCAACCCCAUCUUUGAGUUUUCAAAAGGAAUGAACGACCUUCACCUGGACGAGGCCGAGUACGCCCUGCUCAUCGCCAUCAACAUCUUCUCUGCAGAUCGUCCGAAUGUGCAGGAUCACGAUCUGGUGGAGCGACUCCAACAGCCCUACGUUGACGCUCUGCGCUCCUACAUCAUGAUAAAGAGACCAAAUGACCACCUGAUGUUCCCUCGUAUGCUGAUGAAGCUGGUGAGCCUCCGUACACUAAGCAGCGUCCACUCGGAGCAGGUCUUCGCCCUCCGCCUGCAGGACAAGAAGCUUCCUCCGCUGCUGUCGGAGAUCUGGGACGUCAACGAGUGACUCCUGGAGACGGACUGGCUUCCUCUACAACAGACUUUAAACACACAGAGAGACGCUUCUUCUUCUUCUCUCAAUCUUUCUUCUUCUAGAUGCCGACCGAGCAUCCGGCCUCUCUCUCUGAUUUUUGUUGUUGAAUCUCGUUGGGUGGGAUCUGCUGCCGGCUCCCCUGACGUUAGUUUAAAGAAUCAGUGGCUAAAUGUUCCAGCAGGUCGGCGUAGUCGCUCAGGUAACGUAAUGUGAAGUGGGACCUCUGGGGAACCGGAGGUCGUCUCUCUUUAGGUCGCUUCAGUUCGCUUCCUCAACGGACCUCCUCCUGGUCGCUUCUAGACGCCCGUCGACUUUCCUUGUAAAUUGUGUAUUUAUUUUCACAAAUGUGUAGACGAGCAUCCAGCAGAUUGUACAAUCACACACUAACUAACGCACAAGAGGCCGACAUUCACACACCUGUCCAUCCGCUACCUUCAGCUACAUCCACAUGGAGUUAAACCUCAUCCUGACAAACGUAGAGGAAACUGACUCCACUAAUGGCUCAUCGUGAAGCGGUUCCUGUUCAUAAUGUUGAGUUUAUAAUAGCAUUUAAAUGUUUGAGAAAAACACAGUAGUUCAAAGCAGGUUCUAGAGAAUUUCCUUUUAUUUUUGAUAACACACAAAUAUCUAGUUAGGACUAAAGGUCUACUCUAAUCUCAAGCGUCUUCCUCUCACAGACGCUCAGCUUUAACAGCUUUAACUUGUCUGAUUUUGGCAGAAUAAAAACCAAAAUCGAUGCUAACGGGGAGCGGAGAACAACAGUGGAUCCAGAUGUUUGUAUUCUGGGUCCGAAACAUAAAAGACUCUCGACGUGAACUCGCAUCGUUUCUUCUCUGUCAGGCUGAAAACUGGACCGCAGCCAUUUCAAGGUGUCAUCAUUCCAGGAUUAAACUCACAAAACGCAUUUUUUUCAUCGGUUUCAUCAGUUUCAGCUUCUGGUUUCCGACACGAGGCACCGCUUUCACGGCUACGCUUCAUUUUUAAGGCUUUUUUUUUUUUUUUUUUUUUUAAGUGUUUUUCUGGGUUUUCACUAAUAAAAUCACAUCCAAAGGCGAAACAUGCUGCAGCUAAAAUGGGACAUCGAUUGUUCAGGAGCAAACUUCUCACUGAAAUCAAAAGAAUUUGGUCAAAAAUUUGAAAUUAUGGGGACAAGAUCCCAACCUGGUUUGUCUGUGUCUAAAAAUACUGGACAAGACAACGUAAAAAUGGUCAAAAAUAUAUAUAAAAAGCGUCCAAAACGACACAAAAUUUGUCCAAAAAGCUUCAAAAUUUGUUGAAAAUAACACAAAACUUGUCCAAAUGGACUCAUAUUGCCAUUUUGACAUCAAACUGGAUCCUUGUCUUGCCAGUCAUCAGAUUGUACUGAUGUUAGAACCUCAACACUUGGUGAAAUGUCUUUUCUAUUUUUUUUUCUUAAAUUUAUCAUCUAGUAUGGUCUUCACACAUUCUGAAAAAUAAUAAAACGAAAUAAAAAUAGCAAAUUUACAGGUUUAGAUCAACUAUUUACGCUUCAAACGUUAUUUUAAUGGGUUGUAUUAACAUAUUUUCAUUGCAUAAACUUAACGUUUUGUGUAAUUUGAACUUAAAUUUCAGCCUUAGUUGAUUUUAAAACUAAAUUUAAGUUGAUGUAACUCAUUUUUUCUCUAUCUUGACGUCAAAAUACCUUAAAUUGUUGACAAAAAGCUCAUUUCUCCAACACAAUAUUGUUUGUUCAUUGAAUUUAGUUUAGUUUAAAGUUGUUUUAACUCAAAAAAAAUCAGUUCAAGCAUUAUUAUUUAGAGUUCAGAUGGUCAAAUUAAGGUUUUACAAAGAAGAAAUGUCAUUAAAAUGUCCAAAAAAAACUUCAGUUCUCACUAAUAAAACUCCAAGAAAUGGUAAAAAUCACAACUUGGUGGAUUAAAUUCUCACUUGUAAAUGGACAUUCAGUUAAUUUAUGAUGAAUAAAAUAGAUUUUAGUCUUUUUUUAAUGCAAAUUAAAUGAUUGUAAAGAUCCAUCAGCAUGAGAUUCAUAUUAAAUCUGGAUGUUGUUCCUCCACAUUUUUCACUGAUUUAAUGAUUGUGCAGAAACGGUCGCUGUUUUUCUUCCUCAUCCUCUUCGUUUGCUUGGAAAAACAACCCGACAAAAGGCUGCAGUUGCAUCAUUUUUCCUGUGACUUGAAGAAAACUGCGUUUAAACAAUAAAAACACUCAGUCUUGUCCCAUUUUUAGCUGCUUUAUGUCGCGCCGCCGCUUGAAUCUCACCUGAAUAAACUGAACUUUGCUCCAGAAUGUAAAGUCGCUGCUUCUUCUGCCUUCCUGCUCACAAUUUUCGCUCUAAAAACACAUUUUUUGGAUUUUCUUACAUCCGCAUAACUCUUCGGUGAUGUAUUUAAAGAGUGUGAAACAAAAACCACUGAGUUUUUUUUUUUUGUUUGUUUUUUAUCAGUUUUUUCUUUCUCUGCAGUCUCUGAAAUGAAAAUGUGAGGUUUGUUUUAGGUUUUUUGGUUUGUUGCUAACCAGUAAAUUUAAAAGUAAACCCCGGAACCCCGGUUUGAAUCAUCUGACGGAGGGGAUUUCAGUGAAAUGUCGCUCCGGUGGUUCCUCUGUACGUGUUCUGUUGACGCUGUAGGUAUUAAUUGUACUGUAAAUACUGUUAAUUGUCAUCUCUGAUCUCAUUUAAUUCCCAUCUUCGGGCGGCGACACUGUAAACAUUAUUGAUAUAUAGAAAUGCAAACCUAUUUUAAUACUUGUAACUCUUGGAGAACCUUCUGUUUUGUAUGUACAGUAUAAAUUAAAGCUCUGCUGUAGUGCUGAAA